UUGUGGAUCUUGGAUGUUUCAUCCUGGAUAGUGGCUCUCACACUCACCAGUCCACGGCCGCCUUCCUUACGGCUAGCGUACAGUCUCAGGGUGUUGGAUUUAGUAUGCUGCAAUGUGCCAACAACGGCAGUGAAGAAGAAGAGUGCUAGCAAGUAAACAUGGAUGUAAGCAAUGCAGGAUUUAAAAUACGUAAAACAUUUGUUAGACCUCGAGGAUAUACACAUGUCUCAUGUCACAUGUGUUUUGGGGGAGCAGUUUGAGGUGAGCCCGGUCACUCCCCUGCUGAGCCAGGCAGUGGUGCGUGGGGACAGACGAACCUUCUCUGUCUACGAUCUGACCCAACAAAUCACCUUUGGCCCUGUCCGCUCCCUUAACCUGCUGAUCCGCUGGAAAUCCAGUGAGGGUGACAUGCUGCGUCCUCUGCUCCAUGCUGAGCGUUAUGUGGCUGGUUACGGGCUGCAGACAGGAGAGAUUCACACGCUGAUGUACAACUACCACCCCUAUCUUCGUCUAUACAUCCACACCCUCGCUGUCACCAGCAAGGGAAAGGACAACAAGCCCAGUUUCUUCCUCUGCCAGCCUUCUAAGGACCGUGUGAGGCCCCACCUGCUGGAGAUGCUGGUCCAGCUUCCCCCCAACUCCGUCACCGAGGUCACAGUGCAGUUUGAGAGGGCUCUGCUCAAGUGGACUGAAUACACCCCUGAUCCCAACCACGGAUUCUAUGUUGUGUCUUCAGUAAUCAGCUCUUUUGUACCAAGCAUUGUCGCCAUGGAUACAAACAGCACUCCCACAGAACGCCCACUUUUCAGCAGCUUUUUUCCCUGUAAAGAGGAGUCCAGCUACUUUGUGCGCGUCUAUACGGAGCCUCUGCUGGUCAACCUGCCAACUCCAGACUUCAGCAUGCCUUAUAAUGUCAUCUGCCUGACCUGCACUGUUGUGGCCAUGGGCUACGGCUCCCUCUACAACCUACUGAGUUUCCAGAUUGAAGAGCCCAGCCCGGGAUUGGCCAAGCGGAUAGCCAACAUCAUCCGCAAAAUGAGGGGCGUGCAGCCACUCUGAGGCUGGACACAAAUGCCAACUGGCUCUACUUUUAGAAAGAAGGUUUUCCUUGAACUGAUUCAAGCAUUGGUAUGAAUGUUUUUAAAACAGUCAACUUGAAGGUUUUGUUUUCAAAUGGAAGAAGACAAAUAAUUUUUUUGAGCCAGUCAGGAUAAUUUCCUGCUGGCUAAAGAAAAGGAAAUGUAAACAAUUUGUCCACUUGGAUGGAAAUUAUGAGUUUUGUUGUUGUUUAACAAGUAGAAGGAACCAAAGCUGUGUAGUAUGCUGCAGUGGUAACUGCAUCGUGUUUUGUUUUCGGUUGUUUUGGGGUUGUUUUUUUGUUUUUUUGUGUGGAUGUUUUAAGUAGUAACUCCACUACAUCAUAGUAUAGCCACAGUGUCUCUGAAGCAUUUUAUUACUGUCAGGAAACAGUGGUAAAAAAAUGUUUUUACAAAUAUGAGACUGGUGGCCUUACACAGCAUUAUAAAGCAUCCGAGCUCAGAUAGAAAAAGGACGAUAACCGUUGCGCGUUCCUGACCUGUUCAUUGCUAUCUCCCUGCUAGAAAAGAUAAAAUAUAAUGACCUUUAAGUCAGAGUUAGUCUGUCAAAAUGUCACAUUUCCUCAAACCUCAGUUAGGAUAUCAAAUAACUCUAAAGUACUGAGUUUCCCAUGUCCAACCAUAAAUUAACACGGCAUCAGAGUGUAACUAUGGAACAUAGUUCCAUAAGUAUAUCCUCUUUAUUUAAUAGUUCCAUUUGUACUGUCUCACAUGUUUUGUAAUAGUUUUAAUAUAUGAAAAAAAGAACAAAUGCUCACAAAAAUACUGAAAAGUUACCAAAACCAUAAUUUUGAAAUUGGCAGGUUUGUAGGUUGGACAUAAGCAUGAGCAAUAACAUUACUUGUCUGGAACUGGAAUUACUUGUUCUGCAACAAAGGAACAGCCCUCUUACCAAACAUAUAUUUUGCACUCGUUGGUUGUUUGAUGCAUGCUCGAAUGUUAAAUGUGAUUGUCUGCACGUCUCUUCAUAAUUUAUUGCCUUUAGUAUGUCUGGUUGUUAACUCAUUCUCUCAUCAGUUCAGUGCAGUUUCAAUGUGUCUAUAGCGACUAGAAUUAUGGAAAUGACCUUACCCUAUCAUGAAAUACUACCAUACAUUUGUUUUAUAAACUUUUACCAAGAACAACAGUAUCCUCUGCUAGGCUUGUCUGCCUAGAAGCCCAUUCUGUUUCACUUACUGUGAAAAAGUGCGCAGAAUGUGACUUUUUGAAGCAGUACUGUGUGUGUGAAAACCUUUUUGCUUUUUCAAUAAAAUAACAAAUAUA